AUGGUUCCUACUACACCGUCACCUUAUGUGGCUUCUUUUCAAUCGGGUGCAGUAACACUACAACCAGGCGCACAGGUUCAAGCAAUAUCAGUCAAUGGUCUUGCAGUCAACAACCAGAAUGGGCUAACCUCUGUAUGGAUGAAUGUUCCGCAACCGAUUGCCGGUGUGCCUCCGGGACUGGAAUACCUGACAAUGGUCGACCGGAUCGUAGUACAUCAGUUGGUCGAAUGGAAAGAAAUCCUCUUCGAUUAUCAUGUAAAAAACAAAUACGUGCUGUUGAAUGCCAACGGUGAGCAGCGCAUGAAUAAACGAUCAAUAAGUACCGAACUCACUGCCGCUCUUGCUCGCUUCGCGAACUGUAAACGCAUCCUGAUAGUUCCAGAGUCAAGCCUCUGUAUGCGAUGUUGGUGUGCUCAACAAAGAGGCUUCACAAUGCAUGUGGUGGAUAAUUUCAAGAGUGAAGUCCUACGGAUCACACGCCCGUUCAAAUGUUGGGGAGGAGGGUGCUGCGGAUGUCUGGCCGGUAUCGAUUGCUGCAGCUAUGAUUGUACCGUUGAAGCACCGCCAGGGAAUAUUAUCGGUAGAGUGGUCCAACGUCAGGCUUGCUGUGCGUCCAGUUUCGAAGUGAAAGACGUGAGUGAUCAGGUGGUAUUGGAUAUCGAUGGUCCUGUUAUGGCUUGUGGACGGAACGUCGAAUUUCGGGUAACAACUCCUUCUGGUGCACCGUGCGGUGACAUCACAAAGAACUGGCGUGGUCUACUUCGUGAAAUGUUUACAAAUGCGGACAAAUUCAGUGUUUCGUUUCCAAUGGAUUUGGAUGUGAAGUUGAAGGCACUUCUUCUCGGUGCAACCUUCAUGAUUUCGCAGCCGGCAUUCCGUUCCGACAUCAACGAACUUUUUCUCAAAGUAGUCAUCAAAGACGAUCUGCUCGGCACAGCACGAGAAGUUGUACACGAAAAAGGCGCUGUCAUUCGAGAAUUGUCUCCAUUUGGAAGAAGCUAG